AUGCAUGACAUAGUUCGUGAUGUUGCCAUACAAAUGGCCUCAAGAGAUCCACAUAGAUUUCUAAUAAGAUGUGAUGCUGAAAAAACAGGGUGGCCAAAGAUAUACGACCAUUACACAACAAUCUCACUGAUACCAAUUAAUAUUGAUGAGAUCCCAGUUGGUCUGGAUUGUCCAAAACUUGAGCUUCUACACUUAGAAGGCGAACGUUAUUCGGAAAAUAGCAUGGACAUCAUGUGUAAAGGGAUGAAAGAGCUGAAGGUUUUAGCAUUGGUAGACAUGGGUGGGAUAUCAGCCUUGCCGAGGUCACUAGGACUACUGAAGAGCCUUCGAACCUUGUCCCUAAAUGGUUGUUAUGAUUUAAUAGAUAUAUCUGAUGCUAUUGGAAGAUUGGAAAAUUUAGAGAUCCUCAGCUUUCGUAAAUGCUCUAGAAUCUUAGAGUUGCCGAAGGAAAUUGGACUUCUUAAACAUUUAAGGUUGUUAGAUAUCACGGAUUGUGAUCGUCUUGAGAAGAUUCCACAUGGUCUCUUAUCGAGCUUAUCUAGUCUUGAAGAGUUGUAUAUGGAAAAUAGUUUUCGCAAAUGGGAACAAUCAGCUACAGAAAGCGAAGAUAAGAGGAUGGCAAGCCUUGUUGAGGUGAUGUCUUUGUCUAAUCAUUUGAAGGUUUUAGUCAUAGAGAUACCCGAUUUCAACUUCUUUCCAAAAGACUUUUACUUGACAAGCCGGGCAACAAUAAGAUUCCACAUAUCCAACAGAAUUCAUGGAGAGCUUUUUGGAGGUCAAUCAAGUACUGGUUGUUAUGCAUUCGAAAAUAAGUUGGAGAUUUUUCGAAGUGAUGCAACGGAAUUCAUGGAGAUUCAAAUUGUUCGUGUCUUAUUUAAGAAAUGUGAAGAUUUAAUCUUGGGAAGGAUUAAGAAUUUAAAGUAUGUCCUCAAUGAAUUAGACCAAGAGGGAUUGCAACACUUAAAAGUUUUAAGAAUUCAGGACUGCCCUGAGAUAGAAUACCUUGUAAAUGGAGCAAGUUGGACUCAACAAACAGCCUUCCCUCUCAUCCAAUCAAUCCUACUCGUUAGCAAGCAACUUGGUUCAACUCCAAAGCUUAAGUGUUGCCAUUUGUCCCCAAAUGAAAGAAAUCGUCUCAAAGGAGGGGAGGGAACAUGA